AAUCUCAUAAUUGGGAGUUUCACCUGCGGCGGCGUAUGUAAACAAUGUAAUAACAUCAACAACACGCUUCACAGGAAUAACGGUUUACAAAACUCGCUGCUCUCGGACUUAUAAACCAGUGGCGUUAAAUGAAGCGUGUAAUUUCAUACAACACACUACGUAACACAUGCGAAGCGUGCGCCUUUUAAAAGGUUAUUCGAGGACAGAUUGUAAAACUUCAACUUGAGUAUCGUCAAAAUGAAAACGCACACUUAAAAUGCGAUUCCCAAUGAUAUGUUUCGGAUGGUAUGGUAAGUAAGCAUUUGUGCUUCUAAAAUAGCGGGUAAACUCGCCGUCUCUAGUGACAACUGAAUCUAGGCAACGCUGGUAACAAGCGUGAUUUAGCCACCCAAAACUCAAGUAGGGAUAACUGAAGGCUGGAGCAGAUUUAUUUGAGUGGGACACAACUAUAGUGGUCUCUGGUAGGAUUCCCCCAUCUGCUAUCCUCAGGCACCAGCCCAUGAUUGAAAGUACGAGAUGGGCUGGGCCGCCCAGUGUCUUUUGUGGUGGUGUAUGACAAUAGAGAAGAGCUGAAGGUGAUCGUGGGAGCGGUAGCAUCACCGUAUUGCUCUUCACGGCGAACGAACAAGGACACCACAUCUGCUCGUAUCCGUCUGACAAAGCUACCAUAAGUUUAUCCACGACCACAGUAAGCCGGCUAUUUGACGCGAACUGGGCGAACUGGUCUCACUCCUCCUCCUCCUCCUCCACGCGUGGGCUGCUGGCGCUAGGAACUGGAGAGCGGCACGAGAGAGCUCACAUCCCAGCGUUCAACUCACAAUAUCGGAUUCAUUCGUUAACGGCGGAUGUAAUUUAUCGAAGGAAACCGUCCAAAGGCUUUAUCUAACCACACAAGCGUCUCUUAACAAACACGGCUGUUGUUCGGGGCUGGAUAUCCAUGUUUUAACCGCGGGAGACGCAUCUGACUCGGGAGAAAUUGAAUCGUUGUGGAGUCGGGAUACGCACUUUCACGCGGUCCGAACAGGUGUACGCGUUCAUAACUCCAUCCGGACUGAUUUAUGAAGGUCUGAGUGACGAUUAGGAAUUUAUAACCACAUUUGCAUUUUCCUGCAAGAUCUGGACUUAAGCGGCACUGCUGAGAACUAUGGAUAUCAAAUGGCUUAUUAUAGCCUUUGCGGUUUUGGUGGGCACUUGCUCAGCCCAGCGGCAGGUCACAGUUCAGCCGGGGCCCAUUAUUCGAACGGAAGGCUCUCACAUCACCAUCUGGUGUAACGUGACCGGCUACAAGGAAGGAGUCGAGCAAGACUUUGAAUGGUCCAUGUAUCUUUACACCGCUCCCGAUCGAGAGAUCCGUAUCGUGAGCACGUCCCAGCACAACUACGCCUACGCCUUGUACUCCCAGCGCGUCAACAGCAAGGAGAUCUACAUCGAGAGGUUGAGCGGAGACUCUGUCUUACUGCACAUCACCAAGCUGCAGGCCACCGACCAGGGCAUGUACGAGUGCUACACUCCCAACACCGACAGCCGCUACCUGGGCUCCUACAGCGCCCGUACCAACCUCACCGUGAUCCCGGACACUCUGACAGUGACGGCCGCUGCUCAGACUCUCUCGAAAGUGGAGGGGGACACUCUGCAGCUGAGUUGUGAGGUCUCACGACAGACAUCCCAGCAUACUCACGUUUCCGUGGGCUGGUACCUGCGUCCCGCUGAUGACCCCAAUUCUGGACCACGUGACCUGGUCACCCUAUCGAGGGACUUUGUUCUGCGUCCAGGGGGACAGUAUCGUCAACGUCUUUCUUCAGGAGACCUGCGGUUGGACAAGACGAGCGCCACGUCCUACCGUCUCACUAUCUACAAGCUUCAGCCCACAGACCAGGGAGAGUUCUACUGCGAGGCCUCGGAAUGGAUUCAGGACCCAGAUCGCUCCUGGUACUCCAUGACCCGGAAAGAGUCAGAGAAGACGUCUGUCAAAGUUCAGCCCACAGAUCGGGACUUUAGCAUCCAGGUGACCACUGAGCGUCGGGCCUACACGGCUGGUGAGCCGCUGGAGCUCCGCUGCACCAUUGACGCUCAGAACGUUCCCGAGCGCUUCUUCUCGGUGUCGUGGGUCUUCAGCAGCUCACCCGUAGCCGUGAUUGGGCCCAGCGCCGUGCCCAUGCUGGGACCCAACUACGUGGAGCGGGAAGCCACCGGCCUCCUAACUGUGCGCAAGGAAAGCCCGUCCGUCCACCUGCUCAAGCUGCAGCGGCUACUGCCGGAGGACUCUGGGAAAUACAUCUGCAGAGUGACAGAACGGGAGAAGACCCUCACUGGAGAUUUCAUCGACCGCAGCAAGCGCUCCCGUAAUGUUCAGAUCACCGUAACCCCUCUCAGAAGUAACAUCACUGUGUCAUUAUCCAGUAACACUUCAGAGAUUAUGGAGGGGGAGACUAUCCAGUUGACCUGCGUUGUUAGCAACACUGUGGGUCCCCUGUCAGUGACGUGGCAGUGGACAGAUAAGGAGGGGGCGGGUCCCGCUGUCAAUGUGGCUACAGUGGAUCGUGAGGGCACGGUCACUCCUGGACCCACCUUUAGGGAGCGCAGCAGCUUUGGAGAGGUCCGGAUGGAGCGGGUUCGACCUGACACGUUCACCCUGUUCCUGUAUAAUGCCUUCCCCACGGAUGAGGGCCAGUACAGGUGUAGCGCCACUGAGUGGUCCCAGAGCGGUGCUGCACCUGACUGGACCUGGCAGCAGAUUGGAGACGAAUCUGCCAGCAAGACCGUCACUGUAAAAUCAGUUGAAUCUUUCUUCUUCGUGUCGGCUUCCUCCCGUACGCCCAGCGUGACGUUUGGCGACUCGUUUGACCUGCAGUGCAUCGUGAAGCCACGGCACAAUCCCAACGUUCCCGCUGCAGUCACGUGGCGCUUCCAACCAGCAGAGGGUGACGGAGAAUUCCGCAAUUUGGUGACGUUCACGCGGGACGGCACUCUACAGUGGGGCGACCAGCUGCUGGGCCUGGGCACGCGUACCACGGUGGAUCGUACGCCCACUAACACCAACUUCCGCCUCAGCAUCACCCGAGCCGGACGCAAGGAGGCCGGGACGUACCAGUGCGCUGCCCUGCUUUAUCGGAAGAAUUAUGAUGGCACCUGGAGCACGGUGGCCAACCGCACCUCCAACCCACUGGGCAUCAGUGUACUGCAGCCUGUGAGUAAACUGAAGGUGCACAAGUCCAACCAGAGUCUGCAGUUUUUGGAGGACAGUCGGGUGCGUGUCAACUGCUCCAUCACCUCUCAAACCAGCCCGGACUCUCAGCAUGCUGUUCUGUGGUACGCCCGGAAGGCCGAGCCAGGAGAGCCAGAUGAGCUGCUGUUGAAGAUCGAACACACUGGAGCGUUUGAGUAUGGAGCGUACGCAGAGGAGGAACGUCUCCGCAGCCGUGUGCAGUCAGAGAGACUCUCUCCUCGGUUAUACGGCCUCACCCUGCAUCGUGCCGAGACCAGCGACUCUGGAACAUACUACUGCCUUGUGGAGGAGUGGCUCAUGGACCCGGAUGGACUCUGGUACCGCCUGGCACAAGACUCCUCCGGCUUCACACAUGUGGUGGUGAGACAGCCAGUGGUGAAGUUGCAGGUGGAGGAAGCAGAAUCCAAUAUCACAGUACCUGAAGAUGGAUCAAUCCGGCUGGGCUGCAGCAUUCUGUCUCAGUCCUCGAAAGAUUCUCGCUUCUCUGUAUCUUGGUAUGUGUAUCGUUUGGGCCAAGAGGAGGAGGAUGAACAAGAGUGUGUGUUUUCCAUCGGUCAUGAUGCAGUGUUUGGUAAUGGCAACUGCAGCCCUACGGAGGAGCCCGGUCCAAACUCCCGCUUACAGUUUGAGCGCACCUCCUCUGACCUGUACAGUCUGACCAUCCAGAAAGCUCGGGCCAGAGAUGCUGGCAACUACUACUGUCAUGUGGAGGAGUGGCUGCUGAACCCACGCAAUGCCUGGUACCGUCUGGCCACCAAUAACUCUGGAGUCACCAUUGUUAAUGUUAUGGAGCAGGUCUCUACCCUGCAAUCAGUGGUUUGUUCCAACGACUCCCUUUUCUACUUCGUCUUCUUCUACCCCUUUCCUAUCUUCGGCAUCCUCCUCAUCGCGGUCCUGCUGGUGCGCUACAAGACCCGCAGCUCCAGCAAGAACCAGGAGGGCAAGAACGGAGCGCCGCUCUUGUGGAUCAAAGAGCCUCAUCUCAGCUAUUCCCCAACCUGUCUGGACCCCCCAGCCCUCAGCCUUCACCCCGGCUCUGUGGAGUAACAGUGACACGGACAUGACCCUGUCUCAAUCAGAGACUCGCUCAUCUACACUCUCUCUCUGACUCGCUUUCUCUUUUUCUUCUCCUCCUCGUCCGUGAUGAGGCCACCAGAAAGUAAUCUGGGCUUCUAGCCUGGCCUGUCAAUCCGUCCAUAUGACUGACUAAGACCUUCCUCAGUUGAAGUUGCCAUGACUACGGUGGCUGCUGGCGCCGAUGCCUAGACAUUUGCUUUGCUUUCUUUUUUUAAAAUAUGAUUUUACUUUUCUGUUCAUGCUCUUGUGUGAGAACCUUUCCUUUGAGGUGGCAGUAUCCGUGAGCCUUGAUGUAUUUUAACUGACUGACACUCUCCGGGAUCGGAAACGGCAGUUUCUUUUUGCUUUUUUUACUCCCGUCAAUGAAGUCUGGUGGAAACCAUUACAUAUUAUUUGUUAUUUUGUCCGUGCUGAUUUUUGCUCCAGAAGACUGGAAGGUCAUUGCCGGACCUAGAGACAAUGGUGUAUGGAUGAAGGAAGAAAAGGACAAUCUUUCCUCAGAAAAACUCAGAAAGCUGACAAUGGAUGUAUAUUGAUUUUGUUUGUGUGCACGUGCCACAGAACUGACCUGAGAACUGCCUCUGUUCAAAUGGAUAUAGACUAUAGAGAGCCCUCAUUGCCCCAGACUCAAAGAUAUACAUGAAGCCCAGCUCAUCCUCACUGCCAAAGACCAAUACAACGUCAAAAGCCACAAAUUCAAAUAGGAUUAGAUGUGUGUAACGUGAGCCGUCUGAUGUUGGAAAAGACACACUGACAUGUUUCCUCAUCACUGGUGCUCAGACGUUUCUACACGCCCCCAAAUCGCCCAUUUCAUUUCAAGGUCUUGACCUCUUGACCCUGACCAAUCUCUAAAAACACCCUUGUGUAUACAAGCGUGUGUUUGUUUGUGUAUAUAUACACAAUUGACCCCACAUUUAGUGAGCGUUCGCCUCAAUCUCCUUGUAUUUUCAUAAUGCAAGGUUGAAUGGAAACAAAAGAGGGCAUGAAGGGCUUUCUCUCCGGAGUUUUUGAAUUUCUUGUAAAAACGUUGACUUGAGGGAGAUGGCUGACAAGACACUACUGACUCAAGGGACAUUCUCAGUGCCAAGAUCUUUUUUUUCAUCAUACGUGCCCUGAAAUGAUCCAGGAGGAAAGCAGGUAUUGGCAAACGUCUGCAUAUAUGAGUUAUGAAGGGAUUUGACAUUUUGUUUUCUCUAUAUUCGAAGUCACAUCAAGUGUUGUUGUUCUUCUCUUUAUGGUUUGUGUUUGAAAUAUGGUGCCCGAUCUUUGUGUUACAAAUUGAAAAGAUUGUGAAAACUUAAUGCGCCGUGUCAUAACCUGUAACCUGUGAAGACCUUCUAGUGUGAUUAUAUCUCUGAGGGUGAAUAUAGCAUCUAAAUUAUUGUCGGUCUCCAUGAACACUGAAAACACUGCCAUGUUUUACCAUUGGAGAUGCUGUAACAGUACUUGAUCUCUGCAAUCCACACUAGUCCUGUUUCGUUCAAGAAAGACUCAAUUUCUAAUCAAAGCAUUUAGAGCUUAGCUGUAGCGUGAAUGAAUUUUAUGUUCAAUUUUCUUUUACUUUUUAUUUCAACAUGGACUAUGAAACAUAACGUGUUAUCUAGUAACAGCGACAUGCGGUCUGACACCAAACUGGAUGUGUCUCACUUACAGACAACGCUGAAGACCUUUCACUCUGUUCCCAGAGUCGCUCAGAGUACGAUCUGGGUCGCUGCCACCCAACAUCACAGCUUUUCUGUAAAUGAAAUUGAAAUCCAUAUGAAGCUUGUGGUCGUCUUAUUUAUUGAAUCAUAAAACUCCUAGAUAGAAUAUGUGAACUUCAUAAAUCUGCAUAGACAGAAUGUGGCAGAAAUAGCAGUGAACAUUUAGACAGCUAUAACUCGGCUACUUGGCGUGCAGUGGCCUAGAAGAUAAUGGGAAGUAAUUCUGAAGCAGUCUGAGAAUCUUCAUACAGAUGACACAGUGAUCUAGCUCUCUUUAUCUACAAAAUUUUGUUGAACUGUACAGUGCAUGAUGAGUAAGGCAGACAUUUCAUGUCUGAAAGUGUGUGUCGUGACAUCAUGUCAGAUCAAUGGCAUCCUCACUAUCUCCACCUUGUGGAAGGCCUCGCUGAUUCCGAGCUCCUGUUCGGCCAUUCUAACAGGUUCUAUUUAACCAAUAUCGAUCUUCCUCAAGCAAAGAGAUGUGUAGUGUGACACUGAUCGUGAUAUUACGGUUCUGCUGUCGUUCAACCUGUACAGACUUAUUCAGAACUCUAACUAGUGUUUUUGUAGUUCAACAUGCCCAGCUGAAUCAUAAUGUUCUCACAAUGUUGUAAAUGCAUUUCGAGGGCUGCAUGUCAUGGCUGUGUACUGGCAGUAUAGCUGCAGAAAAACAAAACAAAUGACAAAAAAUAUUGUGUUGAUGUGUGUUCAGUUCAGCCAGUGCUGCUUUUUCAAGUGGUGAUUUUUAUGUUCUUUUUUAAAUAACCAAAAUAGUGCACUGAAUAUUUAAAAAAAAAACACACAAAAAAAGUUGCCAUAGUUUUUUUUAUGCUUCUGUGUUUUUGUUGUACUCUGUUUAAUUUUUGUUGUGUUUUUUAUAUCUAUACUUAUUUUAUUAAAUUGUAGCAACUGCUAUUAUGAAAAGG